GUUAUCGGUGAUAUUGUGCCAGUUACACGUACGACCGAGUAACCGAACGGACGACAUCGAUACACUUUUUAUUUCCUUUCGAAAAAAAAACUAAGGAAUAAUCAUGCUGCCACGAUUUGUGAAACCGACGAUUGUCGUUGCUCAACAGGGCGCCAAACAAUUGUCAACGAGCGCUCAGCGAAAUGCCAAGGUUGCGGUUAUGGGUGCAAGUGGUGGCAUUGGCCAACCGCUUUCUAUGCUCCUGAAAAAUUCUCCCCUAGUGACCGAAUUGUCUCUCUAUGACAUUGUCAACACUCCUGGUGUUGCAGCUGACUUGUCUCACAUUGACACACCAGCCAAGGUCAAGGCCUUCAAUGGACCUGAUCAGCUGAAGGAUUCUCUUCGAGGAGCUCAGGUUGUCAUUAUACCUGCUGGAGUCCCCCGCAAACCUGGCAUGACCCGAGACGAUUUAUUCAAUACAAAUGCAUCGAUCGUGCGUGAUCUUGCCGCAGCUGUUGCCGAAGUUGCUCCCAAAGCUUUUGUUGCUAUUAUUUCGAAUCCUGUAAAUAGUACUGUCCCCAUCGCCAGCGAAGUAAUGCAGAAAGCCGGAGUUUAUGAUCCAAACAGAAUUUUUGGUGUCACAACCCUCGACAUUGUGAGAUCGAAUGCUUUCAUCGCCGAGGCUAAGAACCUCGACCCCCAAAAGGUGUCUGUUCCCGUAAUCGGUGGUCACAGUGGAAUCACGAUAAUUCCGUUGAUCUCACAAGCCAAACCAAGUGUAACGUUCCCAGACGACAAAUUGAAGGCCCUUACCGAGAGAAUUCAAGAAGCUGGAACUGAGGUCGUCAAAGCGAAAGCUGGAACCGGUUCGGCUACCCUCUCGAUGGCUUAUGCGGGUGCUCGUUUCGGUUUUUCGCUCAUCAGAGCACUCAACGGCGAACAAAACGUCGUUGAGUGUUCUUACGUUAGAUCGAACAUCACUGAUGCCAAAUACUUCUCUACACCCGUUCUCCUCGGCAAAAACGGAGUCGAGAAAAAUCUUGGUCUUGGCAAGCUCACCGCUUUCGAGGAGAAAUUGCUGCAGGCUGCAAUUCCGGAGCUGAAGAAAAACAUCCAGAAGGGCGAAGACUUUGUGAAUAAGAAGUGAAUAACCAAAAUGGACAGUCAACGGUUUCUUAGAUCGUAACGGAAGUAUUUUCACAAGAAUUCGAAUAAAAAGAAUUCGUAAAACAUCGGACCAUCCCAAUUCAAUUAAUAACCUCACCACUCUACGAGCGAUGAUACUCCGCCGCAUUUAACUUCAAUUAGUGCCCCCAAAAAUCGUGUAAUUAUACUGUAAAAUAAACUUCACAUCGUUCGAGAAAAAGUA